AUGCAAAGGAACCUGUUAGCAAGUUCCUCGGCCGAUACGACGGUAAAAUUGUGGGAUCUUCAAUCGCAGAAAUGUGCAUAUUCAUUUAACCAUCAUAAAGAUAAGGUUCAGCAAGUUGAAUGGCAUUUCAUUGAUUCAACCAUACUGCUUACUGCCUCUUUCGACAAGACGGUGGCUGCCUUUGACAGUCGUGCACCAUCUAAUGUCGCAUAUUGGAAUUUGGGAGGUGCCGAUCCGGAAUGCAUACAUUGGGACCCGUUUGCGCCCCAGUAUUUCUACGUCAGUACGGAAGCUGGCUUUGUUUUAUAUUUUGAUGUCCGGAGUCCUGGUCAGACCUCAAUCUUUACAUUACAUGCGCACGACUCGGCUGUGACAUCUUUGGAUAUCAAUCCACUGAUUCAAGGAUGCGUGAUCACCGGGUCAACAGAUAAAAUGGUCAAAGUGUGGGAUAUCAAAGACACAAAGCCGACGAUUGUCACGAGCCGAGAUUUGGGUGUGGGAAAGGUAUUUUCUGCGCAAUUUUCUCCGGACUCGCCUUUUCAAUUAGCGGUGGCGGGUUCGGAAGGAAAGGUGUUUAUUUGGGACUUGUCCAGUAAUGCGAGCGUAAGGAAUUCAUUUAAAGGAAGGACUAACCUGCCGAUAAGGGAUGAUGUUUUGAAUGCCGAGAAAAUUGUGGCCACUUCACAGGACGACAGUAGUGAACAUGAUGAAGACGAAGACGAAGACGAUGGAGUGAAUUUGGAGGAAAUGGAGGACGAUAGUGGUGACGAU